GAGGGCAAGAGCCGGCCCCGCUCUGCCCAGGGGGGCGGGGGGCCGGAGGCUGUGUAGCGGAGGAGGGACCGGGCGGGCUGGCGGCACGGCCGCGUAAGAUGAGCAGCAGUUGCUUUGGGCUGGGCAGGGUCUUGGUGAUUGUGGCUGCAGCCUUAGUGUCUGUUCCUUCCACUGGCCCUGAGGCCUGGGGUCCCCCAGAAUUCAUGCCAACCCCAUCCCCAGGAGUCCAGUACGGGCAACUUGGAGAGACCGUUGUGCUGUUGUGUCCAGGAGUGACUCUCGGGACGCUGGUUUCCUGGCACCGGGCUGAUGGCCACGCGCUCCUGGGGACAGCGAGGUCAGAGUUAGGGUUGGGACAACGGGAACUGGUCCUGGAGCAGGCAGAUAGCAAGGACGAGGGCACUUACAUCUGUCAGUCCCAGGAUGGGGGGACCAGAGGCUCUGUGACGCUCCAACUAGGCUCCCUCAGCUCCUGUCCUGUCCUCACAGACCCCCCAUCUCGUCCCAUGGUUUCCUGCCGGGCAUCAGACUAUGAGAAUUUCUCCUGUUCCUGGAGCCCUAGCCGGGUCAGUGGCCUUCCCACACGAUACAUUGCCUCCUACAGGAAGAAAAUCAUCCUUGGAACAGAAAGAGGAAGGCCAGCACUGUCUGCAGAUCCCUGGCCAUGCUUACCAGAACUUCCUGGGGCUGCCCGGUGUGUGGUCCAUGGCUCUGAGUUCUGGAGCCAAUAUCGGAUUAAUGUGACUGAGGUGAACCCCCUGGGAGCCAGUGCCCGCCUACUGGAUGUGAGCAUGCAAAGUAUCUUAAGGCCAGACCCACCCCAGGGACUUCGAGUAGAACCAAUUCCUGGGGCUCCCCGACGCCUACUGGUCAGCUGGGCCUAUCCAAACUCCUGGCCCCUCCAACCCCACUUUUUGCUCAAGUUCCGACUGCAAUACCGCCCUGUGCGCCACCUGACCUGGUCCAUGGUGGAGCCGGCUGGGCUAGAGGAGGUGAUCACUGAUGCCGUGGCCGGGCUGCCCCAUGUGGUUCGAGUUAGUGCUCGAGACUUCCUUGAUGCUGGCACCUGGAGCGACUGGAGCGAGGAGGCGUGGGGGACCCCAAGUCCUGCAUUGACAGCCUUUGGCCCCAGCACCAGACCUAGUGAGAGGCCCUCGGAGACAGAGACGCUGACCCAGAUGCAGACGCAGGUGCAGGCACAGACAGAGAUGAAGCCAGAGAGACAAGUUCUCCCCAGGCCUUCCCUGCAGCCCGACUCUCAGCCAUUAACGGGGCCUCCACCUGCUGAGGAGGUGGGGUCAAGCUGCUUCUCAUGUGGGUUCUCCCUCCACCAUCCAGACCACAGGGAUCCCCUGGAGCAGGUGGCUGUGGUAGCAUCUCUGGGCGUCUUCUCUUUUGUGGGUCUGGCUGCUGGGGCCCUUGCACUCCUGCUCUGGCUCAAGCUGAGAGCAAACAGAAAAGGGGCUGCCCCAAAGCCUGGAUUCUUGGCUUCUAUGGUGCAGGUGAAGACCAUGCCUGUGGCUCAGAUCCUGUAAGUGAACUUUGGAGGAUCUCAUUCCUAAUAGGAUUCCACCAGUGUGGAAGGACAACCGGAGUUUCUGGAAGGAUAGUUGACUCCCCUCCAACUCCAUUGUCUUGAGGGGCUAUUGUUUAGGGUCCAUUUUUGUGGGACUCACAAUGUCCCCAAUAUUUGCUAUUCAGUGGGUGGGUGAACAACUCCUUAGUCAUGGGGCUCAUGUAACAUUCUCCCUUUCCCACCCCAACCCUGGCUCAGAGUAAGGGAAACAGACUUCCCUCCCAAACAUCUGGGGCCAUAAGGGACAUAUAUGGAAAUACACCUGAGGCAAGGUGAGGUGUGUUUCUAUGUACAUGUGGGAAAUAUCCAUGUGUGUGUUUGUGUCUAUGUGUAGGACUCUGGGUAUGAGUCAGGUGGGUAACAUGGGCUUUCUGAAGACUACGCAUCUGUGGUUGUUUUGGACAUAUACCUCUGUAAGCCUCCUAGCUCUGUGUUUGUGUGUGGGCACCAAUGGAUGUUGGUGGGAGAGGAAGCUUGGAGGAUGAUAGGGUAUUGUUGCCAUGUAUCUAUGUGAAUAAAGGAAUUAGGAGUUCUGUGUCAUACCCUUGGCAUAAACUCUUCUGAA